UCUGCACUCAACAUGCACAAGAUGGUGGGCGUUUGGUUGUCUGUUUUACUUCUUGUGGUGGUUACCAUGGCCGAUACUGGGUAUGGUGGCUAUGGACAGUACGACGACUUUGACCAUGAUGAUUAUGGCCGUGGACGACGUGGUGAUUAUGGCCAUGGCGGACGUGGUGAUUCUGGCCGUGGAGGAUACGAUGAUUCUGGCCGUGGAAGUUAUGGUGUUUCUGGCCAUGGAGGUUAUGGUGAUUCUGGCCAUGGAGGUUAUGGUGAUUCUGGCCAUGGCGGUUAUGGUGAUUCUGGCCAUGGAGGUUAUGGUGUUUCUGGCCAUGGAGGACAAGGUUAUUAUGUUCACGGGGGAUACGGUGAUGGCCACGGAGGGUACGGUGGACAUGGUCGUUAUUGAUAUGGUCGUUGGAAUAAGUUAAAGAAUUUAUAAAAAUUCAAAAAUAAAGUUUUUUGUGCAUCUACUGUAUUUAAUAAACCCAAAUUUGUUUAGGAUUUUGCUGUAUUCAUUUCCUCAACAUUUUAAGUUUCUUUUAAAACACGCUCGAAACCGCACGAAUAUCCCCUGAUUGUCCUUUAUUUCCUGUUAGGGUAAGAUACGCACCUUUCCUUUACAUAUUUUA